AUCGCUAUAUUCGCGAAAUGAAACAAACCAAACCGCUGGAAGGCGAUGCGUUUACUUUCCAAUAUGAUCAACUGAUUAUGAUCCUGUGGGACAUGUUAAUCCCCACCAUAUCCGGUUCAGCCAUCCAGCUGACGAUGCUGUUGGAACGUCUUCUGCUGAACCCCCGAGUUGCCCGAAAGGUCCAACAGGAGCUGGACGACGUCGUCGGUCGAGGACGGCUACCCGCGUUAGACGACCGAAUCAGCCUGCCCUACACAGAGGCAACUCUUCGCGAAGCACUCCGUAGCGAUACCCUCGUCCCAUCUGGCAUUUCCCACGUGGCGCUCGAAGAUACCAAACUGUGUGGGUAUGACAUCCCGAAGGGUUGCUUUGUCAUGCUCGGAUUGGACGUGAUUCACAACCAGCGGGAAUUCUGGGGUGAUCCGGAGUGCUUCCGACCGGAGCGAUUCUUGGACGAGUUUGGUAAACUUUCGCUCAAAAAGGACAUUUCGGUACCAUUUGGGGCGGGGAAACGGCUGUGCGCGGGAGAAACUUUUGCCAGGAAUACGUUGUUUCUGAUGUUUAGCUCUUUGAUGCAAAACUUCAAUGUGAAACAGCGACCGGGUGAUCCAUUGCCGGACGUUGCCAAAAGGAUUACUGGAGUGAUUACUUCGACGGAGCCAUUGUGGCUCCGUUUUGAGGCCAGAUAGAAUAAGAAUCAUAGUAAAUAAACGCUAACUAAAAAGAAAUAUUCAAAAUAAGGUUCUUUGUAUUUUUACAAUAAGUAUUUAUAGUGUCAGAUAAUCAGUAUUUAAGAUUGGAUUUUGCCAGUAUCACUGCACCUGCCUAGUUAAGAGCAUAUAAAUGGC